GUCAACAGACCCCUGACCAUGAAGAAGGAAGGCAUCCAGACCCGCAACCGCAAAAUGUCCAGCAAGUCCAAGAGGAACAAGCGGGUCGGGGACGGCUUUGACGAGCUGUCCAAGUGCAUGCAGGACAAGGCCUCGCCCUUUGGCGCCGCGCCGGGCCUCGCCGGCCACAUGACCCACAUGGGUCACCUCCCCGCUUUCAGCCACUCGGGACACAUGCUGCCCACUCCCACGCCCAUUCACCCCUCGUUCGGUCACCCGCACCACUCCAAUAGGUCGCCGGUCUGGGCCGAGCCCCACUGAGGGGCUUUGGUUCUAGACACAGAGAGCCCGUUCGCCAGUAGGAGCCACCGCAUCUCCAUAAACACUAAACGGCCUCCACAUCACGCCAAAACGCUGAGCAGACCUGUGUACAGUGGAAGGAGGGGAGCUGCUUUCAACGUCAUCCCUGACCCCCGCUGGUGGGACGGUGCUGGCAGCAGGACUGGACUCUGUGAUGGGGGGUGGGGGUCUGUUAGUCCCCUGGAGUCUGGGGCUGACAGGAGAGGAGUGAACAGACAUUUGUCAUUAUUAUUAUUAUUAUUUUUUGCUUAUUUUUUUACUAAGUCACUUUGGUACCCACCUCUCCCUGACUUCAUAACAGGACAGAGGUCCGAAAAAGAAACGCUGUUUUCACCUCAUGAUCAUGACAUGCAGCCUGUCCACCCCCCGGGUCUGUCCACCCCCCAGGCCUGUCCAGAACUGCUGUGGACAGACACAGACACAGACUCAUCAGUGCUGGAAGCUGUCAGACGGGCCGAGCGUCAGAAACUCUGUUAAAACCAGCGCUCUCCCCCACAUGCUGGAUUGUACACCACCACACUGCUCACCUGUUUUUGAUAACGGUUUUAUUGGAGAAAAAAAAAUUAAAAUAAAACAACACGGUAAAUAGAGUGUUUAUAAAUGCUUAAUUGCUAUUAUUGUUGUUAUAUUUGAUGUUAUAAUUAUUGCUGCAAUAAUUUAUUUCCACUCUUUCAAGCUUUCGUCAGACACACAGAGACAUCUGAGUUCAGUUUCAUGGUUGUUAUGUAAAGAAAACACUGACCUGUCUUGGAUUUUUGAGAACCGAAAAAGUCCCUGAGCUGUACGUUUUUAUCAUUUUAUUUUCCAUCUCACAAAAAGAAAAUAAAAUAAAAGUUUAAUACUGAAAUAAG